AGACUCACCUGGAAAUGAUGCUGAGAUCGGACAGCCCAAACUGGCCCACGAAGUAUUAGAAGGUGCGGCGAGUAACUGGGUGUGACGUGCGACCCCUGAAUGCCGGCCCAGUUAAUGCGAUGGACCACUUGGCUCGUCUAUAUAAUUCGUCCAACGCGCAAGUUCUGUUGGGCCAGCGAAAAACCUGAAUCAAGUUGACCUGGUGCAUGGCACGCAGCCAGAGUUCUCUUAUGCUACACGCGGUGUGAAUAAUCCAUGGUGUGAAUCAUGGUGUGAAUUCUCCAUGGUGUGCCAGCUCAAUUCUCCAUGAUGCUGAGAUCGGACAGCCCAAACUGGCCCACGAAGUAUUAGAAGGUGCGGCGAGUAACUGGGUGUGACGUGCGACCCCUGAAUGCCGGCCCAGUUAAUGCGAUGGACCACUUGGCUCGUCUAUAUAAUUCGUCCAACGCGCAAGUUCUGUUGGGCCAGCGAAAAACCUGAAUCAAGUUGACCUGGUGCAUGGCACGCAGCCAGAGUUCUUUUAUGCUACACGCGGUGUGAAUAAUCCAUGGUGUGAAUCAUGGUGUGAAUUCUCCAUGGUGUGCCAGCUCAAUUCUCCAUGAUGCUGAGAUCGGACAGCCCAAACUGGCCCACGAAGUAUUAGAAGGUGCGGCGAGUAACUGGGUGUGACGUGCGACCCCUGAAUGCCGGCCCAGUUAAUGCGAUGGACCACUUGGCUUGUCUAUAUAAUUCGUCCAACGCGCAAGUUCUGUUGGGCCAGCGAAAAACCUGAAUCAAGUUGACCUGGUGCAUGGCACGCAGCCAGAGUUCUUUUAUGCUACACGCGGUGUGAAUCAUCCAUGGUGUGAAUCAUGGUGUGAAUUCGCCAUGGUGUGCCAGCUCAAUUCUCCAUGGUGUGAAUCAUCCUAUUGUAGUUUAUAAGUGAUGCUAUUACAUGGCGUUUGCUCAUCGUGGCUGCUUGCGCGUUCCUAUGCAGAAGUGAUUUGCGAGGAACACGAUUUACUGACACUCAGAUGUUCGAUGGAAAAUUUUUUAUCAAAAGCUCCAAUGAAAUAUUGAAAAUUACCUAGUGCAAUAUUAACGAUCACUAUUUGCAACAUGAGAAUAAUGUAUAAAAAUGACUACGUCAUCCGACUCUAGGAUAGAAAAUUCUCGCCGCAACAUAAACACUAUGUUUCAUGUAACAUUACUGUGAAACAUGUAGAAAUAAUAGUUGCAACAUCGAUACUUAAUUAUUGCAACAUAUGUGUAAAAAAACUAUUGCAAUAUAUUUUGAGAGUUGAUUUUUUUUUUAAGAUUCCAGACAUAUGUUCCGUGUAGCAUUACCCUUUCACGAAAUAUAAUGAGUGAGGUAAUGAGAUACUCCAUUUCUAUGUUAGUUUAGUACUACUACCUUAAUUAACAAUGCAGUAUUGAUCCAGUUGAACAGAGAAUGAUUCGUGACUCUAAAGACAUGGAUCAUCUUUCAAAGUCCCCGUGUUAUAAGUAGCACGCUCACCGAUAAGCGCUAUACUUCAAGAGCAGCUCCCAAGAAACAUCAUCCCUGUCCGUCCCAGCACAAGUACUACGAGCCCAAAAAAAUGUCUUCUCCAGACACGCCUUUUGCAGUACUAGUGGCAACGGCUACCGUAGUGCUCGUCCUGUUCCAAUUCCAUCGCCGGAGUGCAGCGUCCAAGAGGCCAAGGCUGCCCCCAGGACCAGCCACUUUGCCCCUCAUUGGUAACAUGCACCAGUUGAUCUGGAACAAGCCGUCCGUGUCCCGGUGGAUCAAUGGCUUGCUCAGCCGCAUGGGCACCGACAUCCUCUGCCUCCGCCUCGGCUCCGUCCACGUGGUCGCCGUGGCGUGCCCGGAGAUGGCCCGGGAGGUCCUCCGCGUGAAGGAGGCGGCGUUCAUGUCCCGGCCGUCGACGUUCGUCUCCAGCGCGUUCAGCUACGGGUACAAGUCCGCUAGCCUCACAACGUUCGAGCAGCAGUGGAGGAAGAUGAGGCGGAUCGUCACCUCCGAAAUCCUCUCCCCGGCCUUGGAUCGCCGGCUGCACGCCCAGCGCGUCGACGAGGCUGACCACCUCAUCAGGUAUGUCAGCGAUCAGAUCAAGAUGACGCAGGACAACACCAUCAAUAUACGCCAUGUAGGGCAGCACUUCUGCGGCAACCUCGUCCGGAGGCUUGUCUUCGGCAAGCGCUACUUCGGCGAGGCGGAACCGGCCAUGGCGGUUGCCGGCCCCGGGGACGACGAGGUGGAGCACGUCGAUGCACUCUUCACACUUGUGAACUACGUCUACGGCUUCUGCGUGUCGGACUACUUCCCGGCCUUGGUCGGCCUUGACUUGGACGGCCAUGAGAAGGUCGCCAAGGGUGUCGUGAGCACGUUCGAUCGGUUGCAUGAUCCCAUCAUAGAGGAACGGAUGCGUGAAUGGGCUGAUCGUCGGGAAGCUGUCGAGAAGAGGGAGGCCGCGGACUUCCUCGACGUCCUGGUCUCCCUUGAGGAUGCAGCCGGACACCCAUUGCUGACGUUUGAAGAGAUCAAAGCACAAAUAGUGGAAAUAAUGUUCGCGACAGUGGAUAGCCCGUCAAAUGCAGCUGAGUGGGCGCUGGCCGAGAUGCUGAACAAGCCAGACGUCAUGCAGAAGGCAAUCGACGAGCUCGACGCAGUCGUCGGACGCGAGAGGUUAGUCCAGGAAUCUGAUAUCUGUAAGCUGAACUACCUCAAAUCAUGCAUCCGAGAGGCCUUCCGUAUCCACCCGUUCCACGCCUUCACCGCGCCCCGUGUCGCCAUGGAGGAUACCACCAUUGGAGGGUACACGGUCCCAAAGGGCAGCCAUGUCAUCCUCAGCCGAAUCGGACUCGGGCACAAGCCCACCGUCUGGCCUGAGCCACUGGAGUUUCGCCCUGAGCGCCAUCUCCUAGUAGGUGAUGGGAUGGUAGGUCUCGGCGAGCCGGACCUGCGGUUCGUCUCCUUCAGCACCGGGAGGAGGGGUUGCCCUGCGGUGCCGCUCGGUACCUCUGUCACGAUGAUGUUGUUCGCAAGGCUUUUGCAUGGAUUCACUUGGACGAAGCCGCCUGGCGUCGACGAAAUAGCUCUGCAGGAGUCGCGCACUAGCCUCUCACUGGCUGAACCCCUACUCUUGCAAGCUGAACCACGUCUGGCUGCGCAUGUCUAUCUGGCAAACUAACUUACAUUUACUGUCAUGAGUUUUAUGCAAUAAACAUAGUAUGGUCAGUGUUUGUAACCGUGUGUACCCUGAAAGGAAUAAUAUAAGCUUUAUCUUGUUGAACAUGUAAAG